AUGAACAGCAAUCGUCCCUUCUUCUCCAACUUCUGGGCUGCCUUCCGCGCCCACUCUACCGCCCUUCCCAAGUCAAAUUCGUCCAUCUCCACCGCUUCUUCAGCCGCCGCCGUAGUCGGCUCUUCUCACACUCAGACCGUCUGGUCUUCAACUUCGACAAAUCCUUCGCAAUCCUCUCCCAACGCUGCUUCGGCUCCUCGCGCUAUCCAUUCGAAAUCAGCCUCUUCCAACCAGUCCACCGUCACUCCUGUACAGCCCACACCCCUACACUCGACUUUAUCUCCUCUACAACACAAUGUCUCACCUCUUACCCACGCUCAGAGAUCUCCUCCUUCUCCGGGCUUGGGCGUGAACUCGGCAGGUAUGCCUGUAUAUGGCCCUCCGAAUCGCCCACCACCGAGCUAUCCUACAGCGUCCGAGGCUCGUCGAAAUCGUAGAGGCUCGGACAGCAGCUCUGAAGGUGGCAUGGGCUAUAGAGACAUUCUUGGUGCCGAGAAAUGGUACAUUGGCGGCAGGACCGCUGCAGGCGAAGAGAGAUUCUAUAAGCUCAGCAUGGUACGUCGUGACACAAGUGCUGAUCGCCUCAGCGCCGACAGACUGAGCCUUUGA